UUAAAGGCCAGCGAGGAACUGGAACCGGUUUUGCCUUUGAAUCAUGAAGUCCCGUCGAAGUGCCAGCUGCAGCGAUUCCGGAUCCGAGUCCUCGGAGCCGGAUUCGAAGGCUCCGGAGAAACUGGAGUCCGCCUCCAGGCGGCGGAUGGCGGCCAACGCCCGGGAGAGGAAGAGGAUGCAGGGGCUGAACACGGCCUUCGACCGCCUGCGGAAGGUGGUCCCGCAGUGGGGCCAGGACAAGAAACUGUCCAAGUACGAAACCCUGCAGAUGGCCCUCAGCUACAUCGUGGCCCUCAACAGGAUCCUGACUGACACCCGGAGGCCCGCGGCCCCCCACCGGCAGUGGCUGGACCUGCAGCUGGAUGUUAUGCAGCCGGAAAGUUACUCAUGCCUGAUGAGGUACGAGCAUCCGACAGGACAGGAGUACAUCCACUCCUCCUUUUCUUAUGAGUUGGAUCAUGUCCACGCAUAGGGCGCUGCGCGGGAGGGGAGGGAGGUGUAAAAAUAGUUUCAAGUCAGCAUUUUGUUUUAUAACAGUAUGUUUGUUCAUACAAAAUGGUGUUUUCUGCGACAGAGGCAGCCUGUUUAGUUUCAGAAAGUGUCAAGUUCUGCCUCUGAAAGUCGGCCAUGUUGGACAAUGUGAGGGUCUUCCUUCCAGUCUGGAGGGCAGUAAAUACAUUCGUAUUGUUUCUGUCAUGUAUUUAUGUUGCAGUUCAUUAAGCCUCAAAGAGGCUUGUUUUUUUGGAUCUUUUUUUGUAUAUUGUUUUUAAAUAGAAAAUGUUCUGUUGUGUAAAUUCUGUAUAUCAUUAAUGUAACAUGGGGAUGUGUUUUUAAACAGCCUUGCAAAAAUGUGGUGCAAUCUGUGAUAAAUUGAGAGUCUUUGUGGGAAUUAAGAUGCAUGUUUG